GAGAGAGACAGCGAGAGAGAGAGAGAGACAGACAGCGAGAGAGAGAGAGAGAGAGAGAGAGAGAGAGAGAGAGAUACUAGGAGCACGUCUGUUUUUACUCCACUCCACACAGUGAGGCUGGAGAGAGCUCAUGCCACAGAGUUGAUGAGGUGGAUAGCUGCUUGUUCACACCACACCGUGUGUGCAGAGACAAAGAGAGGAUGAAGACAAGAGAGAGCACGGGAAAAUAAAAGAGCAGGAUUUUUUUCUGUGGUUAUUUUUUUCUCUGUUGUCAAGAGAGACAGAUAGACACGGGACGAGAGGAAAAGCAGUCUUUUAGAAAACCCUUACUGCAUGGGACACCGACCUCGUUCUAAUCCUGGCUUUACUUCUGCCUGGAAGUGAGGAGAAGUAAUUGGUUGGAAUCUAAGAGCUCAGGUGCUUUGGAGCUUGUAGGAUUUCUAUAGUACUGGACCAAGACAACAGUACUGGACCAAGACAACAGUACUGGAUCAAGGCAACAGUACUGGACCAAGACAACAGUACUGGACCAAGACAACAGUACUGGAUCAAGACAACAGUACUGGACCAAGACAACAGUACUGGACCAAGACAACAGUACUGGACCAAGACAACAGUACUGGAUCAAGACAACAGUACUGGACCAAGACAACAGUACUGGAUGAAGACAACAGUACUGGACCAAGACAACAGUACUGGACCAAGACAACAGUACUGGACCAAGACAACAGUACUGGAUGAAGACAACAGUACUGGAUCAAGACAACAGUACUGGACCAAGACAACAGUACUGGACCAAGACGGGACAGUACGGGCAGUGGACCAGCUCAUCAGCGUCUGUGUGUUUACUCAGCCUGGACGGUGAGUAAGAGGGGGACGUGAUUGAAGGACAGACUGAUGAUGGUUUGGUCUCUGUGGUCGUCUCAUACAACUUGUAUCGUCUUAUCCAAUCCCUGCCAAGGACUGUUAUCUUCUUGACCAAUCCCUGUCCAGGACAGUUAUCCUCUUGACCAAUCACUGUCCAGGACUGUUAUCCUCUCGACCAAUACAUUUUGAGGAGUUUUAUCCUGGUAUAAAUCACAGAGGUGAGGCAUCCUCUAAUGGACUCACUGUUAUACCCUUCUUCAUGACCACGACCUUCUACCUCUGAAUCACACACACAGGCACGCACGCACGCACACACACACACAUACGAUUACACAUACAGCACCGAGGCAGAACUGAGCGAUUUCCACUAGAUGGGCCAGCUAUAUCAUAAACAUUCCUGAAAACACAAAUGUGCUUUUUGGUCUUCAUUUCAAAGGUUAUGUUUAGGCAUCAGUGUUAGUUAUGCAGUGAAGUCAAGGUUAGGGUUACUUUUAAAAUUGUAUGAUUUUGUGGUUGUGCCAGCUGGUGACAAACUCUGCAGAGAUUCAUGACAAUAAAUGCCAGCCUGCCACUAAUACACAAAUACACAAAUAAAUGACACAAAUAUGUGAAUGUAUGUUUUUGAUUGGCUGAAAACCGCCCACUGUUUGGAGAAAAAUCUGAAAUGGAGGAACAUCGGAUUUUUUUGAGAUUUUUUUAGUGAGUGCGACGGACUGAACAAUUGGACUAAAGGAGUGACUGUAUAUUUUCUUCAACCGAGGAUUUGGAUUCCAGUCUACCGUUGGAUUCUAGUCUACCAUUGGAUUCUACAGUCUGCCAUUGGAUUCUACAGUCUACCAUUAGAUUCUACAGUCUACCGUUGGAUUCUACAGUCUACCGUUGGAUUCUACAGUCUACCGUUCUACAUCUACAUUCCCUGGAAACAUAGCAGACUCCCUGGGUGCAUAGCAACCUCCCUGGGUGCAUAGCAACCUCCCUGGGUGCAUAGCAGACUCCCUGGGUGCAUAGCAACCUCCCUGGGUGCAUAGCAACCUCCCUGGGUGCAUAGCAGACUCCCUGGGUGCAUAGCAGACUCCCUGGGUGGGUGAAGAGGAGAGGAGCAGUGUUAGUAGAAGAUCCUUGUUCUCAGGACGAUAGCUCAGAGCGUCUUGAUUGGUAGGCUUAGAGAGGAUCCUUCUUCUGUGGUGAUCUCAUGGUGACAUUAUACCUGAAUCGGAUGCCUGUCUGUGUGGGUCUAGCUGGGGAGCUCCCUGACUACGGAGCCUUGCUGGGGCUCAGAUAGAGCUGGAGAGAAGGGAUAAUGCAUAUCCUUCCCCCUCUGGAGAGAGAAGAAGGCACCAUGAGCAACGUCACCGUCACCGACAACGCAGCCGAGCCCAUCAGCAGAACCAGUGCUCCAGCCACGCCCUACCCCUACCCCAUCUCCUUCCAGGUGUCCCUGACCGGCUUCCUGAUGCUGGAGAUCGUGCUGGGCCUGAGCUCCAACCUCACCGUGCUGGCCCUGUACUGCAUGAAGUCCAACCUGAUCUCCUCGGUCUCCAACAUCGUCACCAUGAACCUUCACGUCCUGGAUGUGUUGGUGUGUGUCUGCUGCAUCCCACUGACCAUGGUGGUGUUGUUGUUGUCUCUGGAGGGGGAUACAGCCUUGGUUUGUUGCUUCCACGAGGCCUGCGUGUCGUUCGCUAGUGUCGGCACGGCAGCCAACGUACUCGCCAUUACCCUGGACCGGUACGACAUCUCUGUGAAACCGGCGAAUAGAGUCCUAACGAUGGGCCGAGCCCUGGCUCUGCUGGCCACCAUUUGGGUGCUGUCGUUCCUCAGUUUCCUGGUGCCUUUCAUGGAGGUGGGGUUCUUCGCCCCAGGCCAGUCGGAGCUGAACCAGACUCUAGCGGAUGUAGUCACAGUGGCCCACACCAACCAAUACUACACAGAGUUAGGACUCUACUAUCACCUACUGGUCCAGAUCCCCAUCUUCUUCUUCACUGCUGUUGUGAUGCUCGUCACCUAUUCCAAGAUCCUCCAGGCGCUCAACAUCCGCAUUGGGACACGCUUUCACACAGCGUCGCAGAAGAAGAAGGCCAGGAGGAAAAAAGGUCCCUCCAUGACGGUUAUGACGUCACAGGCCACGGACGGGGCCAUGGAGCCAUCCGAGCCCAGCGGCCGUGCUCUCCCCCCGAUGGGCAUGCGGACCUCCGUCUCCCUCAUCAUUGCGUUGAGACGAGCGGUUAAACGCCACCGGGAGCGACGAGAACGCCAGAAACGAGUCUUCAGGAUGUCGAUGCUCAUCGUGUCGACCUUCCUGCUCUGCUGGACUCCCAUAACCGCUCUCAACACGGUCAUCUUGACCGUAGGCCCUAGCGACUUCACGGUCAAGCUGCGGUUGGGCUUCCUGGUCAUGGCAUACGGGACGACCAUCUUCCAUCCGCUUCUCUACGCCUUCACCAGGCAGAAGUUCCAGAAGGUUCUGAAGAGUAAGAUGAAGAAGAGGGUGGUGAGCAUCAUAGAGGCCGACCCGCUGCCCAACAACGCGGUCAUACGUAACUCCUGGAUUGACCCCAAAAGGAACAAGAAGGUCACCAUCAACGAGGACGCCGAGGCCAGGCAAAAAUGUCUGCAGUCUUCAGAGGAUGCUGUGGAAUGACAGUGAAUACUUAGCGACCUUGUCCAGAGGUCCGGAUCUCAGGGUUUUGUCUGCAGAGGAAAGUCUUGGGCGGGCCGCAUCAUUUUCUUUUCAGACCGCCUAUGUCCAAACUAAUCAUUUUCGGGAUGUGAAAACGUUUUCAGUGUAAACUUAAAAUAGCUUUAUCCAGAUAUAAAGUAUGUUGAAAAGAUAAUACAUCUAUAUAUUUUUUAACUAAGAUUUUAUUUGAGAACUAACAAACACCGAAAUAAAAGCUAGACAGUCAGGGAGAAUUUAAAGUUCCAAAAAAUUAUGCAUUCAGGAGUAUUUUUGUCAUGGCAUGAGGCCCUCAUUUAUUUGUUAUGACGUUCGAGUCACUCAGAUAGCAUAAACCCAGGCAGAAUGUGUAGAAUUGCAAGAAAUGAGACUGUAUCUCUGUCAAAAUGCCAUAAAUAGCCA